AAGUAGGAAAAGCAGCCAUCUUGUAUUGUAUACGUAAAACUAACAUGGUAUCUUCCUUACAUCACUUGAACGAUUUGUGCUAAGAACUUACGAGUUGUAAAAGACGAAGAAUCGUAAUAAAACGAAAACGAAUUAGAAAUUCCAAAACCGAGAGCUUAAAUUAAUAUAAUGCCAGCCGUACCAGGUAUAUAUCAACAAGCUCCUUCAUGCUGGGAUAGGAUAAAGCUUGGUUUUAUGAUUGGAUUUUGUGUUGGCAUGGCAUCUGGUGUUCUGUUUGGUGGAUAUUCUAUUGUUAGAUAUGGAUUAAGAGGAAAGGAAUUGAUAACCAACGUUGGAAAAGCAAUGGUUCAAGGGGGUGGAACGUUUGGUACAUUCAUGGCCAUAGGGAGUGGAAUAAGAUGCUAGUACUUGAGGACUGUUAUGUUUCACAUUUAGGAUACAAAAAAUUGUAGUACCAAAAUAUUCUGUCAAUUUCUUAAUAAAAGAUUUCUAUGGA